AUGGCCUACAGCGGGCCGCCGCGGCCCGAAGGCCGGCUGGCGGCGGCGAGCACGGUUUUCCUGUUAUGCGACGUCCAAGAGAUUUUCCGCGAUGUCAUCGACCGCAUGGGCCAGGUGAUCGCCGCAGCGAAGACCAUGGUGGAUGCCUCCAACGUGCUGGCCAUCCCGGUCAUUGUGUCGGAGCAGUACCCCAAAGCCUUGGGUCACACAGUGCCGGAGGUGGACGUCUCACAGGCCAAAGUCUUCGAGAAGACCAAGUUCUCCAUGUGCACCGAAGAGUUCGUCCAACACUUGGCCGUGCUGGACCGUAAGGCUGCGGUCAUCUUCGGAGUGGAGACACACGUCUGCGUGCAGCAGACUGCCUUGGACUUGCUGAGCAAGGGCAUUCAGGUGCACGUGCUGGCGGAUGGAUGCUCCUCCCAGCGGCCCAUGGACCGUGAGGUGGCGUUGGACCGGCUGCGACAGGCCGGGUGCUUUGUAACCACUGCCGAGUCCGUGCUCUUCGAGCUUCUGCGCACUAAGGACGCGCCCGAGUUCAAACUCAUCUCAGGGCUGGUCAAGGCCUACGGCAACACGCUGAAAAACCUAUGA